AUGUCGAGUUUUUCAUUGUAUUUUGCAAUAUUAAUUUAUUUCAAGCAAAAUCAAACUCUUCGAAGAAAAACCAAGUAUGGCGAUGGAUCUCCACAAAAUAGAAAAAGCAUAUUGCUUAUUUGUUGCAAUAUUAUUGAAAAAAUUAUUGGUCUUCCUUUCUGUUUAUAUAUUCUAAUUCCAGAAAUUAUCAAUGAUCCUGUACCUUUGCUUAUUCAUGAUUUAUCUCGAUUACCCAAUGAUAAAUCACGAAAACGAUCAAUAUCCGAUGAUGAAAGUGAAGUACCAUCAUUUUUAAUUGAACAGAAAAAACGUAGCAAACAAAAUUUUGUUAAUCAAAUUUCAACAACUACUACUCAGCAACAAGUAUCAAAUUCUAUUGAUUAUGAUGAAGAAUUUUCAUAG